AUGGACAGAAAUUCUGCAAUAUACGAAAACCUUUCAAUGCCUGACUUUCGUCUCGAUUACAGUCCGUUAAAAAAAAACAUGUUGGAAGACGAUACAUUAGUACAUCCACAGGAACCAGCAACUGAUGCAACACUUGCCAAACUAGCCUUCUGGGUACCGUACCACCAACAGUCAUCUAAAACAAACGGAAAUCUAUUGAAUUUUUCGCCGCAUUCAUUAAACUCUGACAGCAACUCAGCAUCCCAGCAACAGAAUGCCGCCCCGCUACAAUACGGCAUGUCUCGUUUACUUGCAAAUUCGGCUCAGUCCCUAAGCAUUGCUACUACAUAUCCAACAAACACUGUAUCACAGUCCGCAACCAACAAAAUUCAGUCAUCAGUACCGGACCUUAGCCAACAAUUUAUCACCAACAGAUCUACUCAAAAUGCUUUCAUAACCGCGUCACCAAGGACACCUACAACAAUGCCAGGCAACAUUUUACUCUCUUGUCGGUAUCAGUUACCACAGAUCACAACUAUGCGAUCUCCAACGACACAGGUUCAAGCGCCUUUUAUGUCUCAGUAUCCGCCACAAAUCCUACAACAGCUGCAGGCAACCCAAGAACGUUCUAGAACACUAGCCUACGCUCGACUACUUCUACACGGUGGACUAAACGCACAAGCGGCCCGGGCUCCAACAAAAAACGAAACGAAAACUGAAACACAAAUAAGAACGAAAGGUAAAGAACCUCGCGCUAAGGUACAAGGUGAAUGUCAAAGGAAUGGAGCCCCAACCAGUAGACGUCGUUUUAACAAAAGAUAUCGAACCACAAAUGUCCAAACUCAAAAUGAAUGUUCAGCUGUUAAAUUUCGACAAUGUCCGCAUCAAAACAUUGUUGCCGGUAAACAAAACCAAACGAUGGCAAGACAGGAAUUGACCGCAUACAAAGUGCAAAAUUGGCAGAAGAGGACAGAAGAAAAUAAGAAAAGCCAACAAGUUAAGGAACAAGCUACACAAACAACUGCCGACUUUUUACAAAUGCAAGCGUCAAAACGAGAAGAGUGGAGAAUUGUAGAAGCAGGCUUUCGUCCUUUGGCUUCUAACCUCUACCAACCUUUGAAGAGCAUGCUAAAUUCAGAGUGUCAAAAACAGCUACAAGGAUUGCAUACAUUAAACUGUCUUCAAACAGCAAAUGCAGCAAUGUUGAAAAAAAACCGUGAUGUGGACAAUGCAACUGCCGGAAACGGUAAACAGUUGAAUUUGCCGGUUACUAUAAUUUCGGGAACAAGCAACGCAUUUUUAUUGCCAAACCGUUCGAUGAACAUUCGAACCACAGUUUCCAGCACAAACGCAAGUGAAGACAUUCGUCCAUGUACAAACCUCUCUUGGAAUCAUUUCGUUCAGGAACCUAUACGGCUGCAGCAAUAA